AUGAGGCUGGCAAAGUCUUUGCCGUGGGCGUUGGCUGCCCUGGCUUGGGAAAUUAUGGCGGUGGCUGCGGAAAAGACGGCAGCAGAUUACUUUGUUAAAUUGCUGCCUGGCCAGCCUGAUGGCCCGCUGUUGAAGAUGCAUGCCGGUCAUAUCGAAAUAACCCCCGAGCACAACGGACACCUCUUUUUCUGGCACUACGCGAACCGCCAUAUCGCGGACCGGCCGCGGACUGUGAUCUGGUUAAAUGGAGGUCCGGGAUGUAGCUCCAUGGAUGGAGCCCUGAUGGAAUUGGGGCCUUACCGGGUGCAAGCCGAUGGAAAUCUCAGUUACAAUGAUGGCUCGUGGGAUGAGUUUGCCAAUCUACUGUUCGUGGACAAUCCUGUGGGCACUGGGUUCAGCUACGUCAACACCGACAGUUAUUUGCACGAACUCCAAGAGAUGGCGGACCAAUUUAUCAUCUUCUUGGAAAAAUGGUUUGUUCUAUUUCCGCAAUAUGAGAGCGACGACCUAUACUUUGCGGGCGAAUCUUAUGCGGGACAACAUAUUCCCUACAUUACGCAGGCGAUCCUCGACCGCAAUAAGAAGGCGGUAGCGCAGGGAAAGCGGCCCUGGGACGUCAGAGGCCUUUUGAUCGGGAACGGGUGGAUUUCGCCGACGGAACAAUACCAGUCAUACCUCCCUUUUGCGUAUCAAGAAAACCUGAUCCAAGGUGGCACACCCGAAGCCCAAAGAGUCGAGGCGUCUCACACUCGCUGUAUAGCCGAGCUCGGCAAACCAGGCGGGAACGAUAAAGUCGACGUCAAUGAUUGCGAGACUGUGUUAUCCAUGAUCCUGGAUGUCUCGAAGAAGAAUGGCAAGUGCUAUAACAUGUACGAUAUCCGACUUCAAGACAAUUGGCCAUCUUGUGGAAUGGCCUGGCCAAAGGAUCUCAACACAGUGACACCCUACCUGCGCCGGGAAGACGUGAUCAAGGCCCUUCACAUCAAUCCUGACAAGCGGACUGGCUGGACCGAAUGUUCGGGGGCUGUCUCUGCGGCUUUCCGAGCCAGGAACUCGAAACCGAGUGUCCACUUGCUGCCUGGGAUCUUGGAGGCUGGUGUUCCUAUUCUGCUGUUCAGUGGCGCGAAAGAUAUGAUCUGCAACCACCUAGGGACCGAAGACCUGAUCCAUAACAUGAAAUGGCUCGGAGGCACCGGAUUUGAGAUAUCUCCAGGAGUUUGGGCGCCGAAGCGCGACUGGGAGUUCGAGGGCGAGGCGGCUGGUCUCUACCAAGAGGCCAGGAAUUUGACCUAUGUCCUGUUCUACAACGCAAGCCACAUGGUACCAUUCGACUGGCCUCGCCGAAGCCGGGAUAUGCUUGACCGAUUCAUGGGAGUUGACAUUGCCAGUAUUGGCGGCAAGCCAGCGGACAGUCGGAUUGAUGGUGAAAAGGCCGGUGCUGAAACAAGCGUCGGCGGGCAUCCCAACAGCACGGCUGCCAUUGAGGACGAGAAGCUGAAGCUCAAGGAAGCCGAGCUUAAAGCGUAUUACCGCAGUGGCGAGGCUGCGUUAGUGGUGGUGCUGAUCGCCGCCGGUUUGUUCGGCUGGUGGGUGUGGCGCGGGAGAAGAAGACUUCGCGGUCAAGGAUACGUCAGUGUGCCGCUUCGCAACGGGUCCAAUGCCAAAGGAGCAGAUGUUGAAGGUGGCUUCGGCGACAACGAGCUGGACGAUCUUGAAGCUAGUCACCGUCAGAAGCAUCUGGGCUCGGACCCUUACGACCUAGCUAGCGAUAGCGACGAGGAGGAUGACGGGCCUCAGGCUGGAACUAGAAGCAAAGAUGGUGCAAGGCAUGCAUGA